UCACCAUGUCCGUCAGCGUCCAUGAGACCCGCAAGUCGCGGAGCAGCACGGGCUCCAUGAAUAUCACGCUCUUCCACAAGGCCUCCCACCCUGACUGUGUGCUGGCCCACCUCAACACACUGCGGAAGCACCGCAUGUUCACAGAUGUCACACUCUGGGCCGGCGACCGUGCUUUCCCCUGUCACCGUGCUGUGCUCGCUGCCUCUAGCCGCUACUUUGAGGCCAUGUUCAGCCACGGCCUCCGGGAGAGCCGUGAUGACAUGGUCAACUUCCAGGACAACCUGCACCCUGAGGUGCUGGAGCUGCUGCUGGACUUUGCCUACUCCUCCCGCAUCGCCAUCAACGAGGAAAAUGCUGAGUCACUGCUGGAGGCGGGCGACAUGCUGCAGUUCCAUGAUGUGCGGGAUGCCGCCGCCGAGUUCCUUGAGAAGAAUCUGCUGCCCUCCAACUGCCUGGGCAUGAUGCUGCUGUCAGACGCCCACCAGUGCCGCCGGCUAUAUGAGUUCUCCUGGCGCAUGUGCCUGGUGCACUUUGAGACUGUGCGGCAAAGCGAAGACUUCAACAGCCUGUCCAAGGACACCCUGCUGGAUCUCACAUCAAGUGAUGAGCUGGAGACAGAGGACGAGCAGGUGGUCUUCGAGGCCGUCCUGCAGUGGGUGAGGCAUGACCUAGAGCAGCGGAAGGUGCAUUUGCCUGAGCUGCUGCGGAGCGUGCGGCUGGCCCUGCUGCCAUCUGACUGCCUCAAGGAGGCCCUCUUGGGUGAGGACAUCAUUCUGGCAGACGAGCGCACCAAGCUUAUCCUGGAUGAGGCUUUGUGCUGCAAGACCAAGAUCCUACAGAAUGAUGGGGUCGUCACCAGCCCCUGCGCCCGGCCACGCAAAGCGGGCCACACACUGCUCAUCCUGGGAGGGCAGACCUUCAUGUGUGACAAGAUCUACCAGGUGGACCACAAGGCCAAAGAGAUCAUCCCCAAGGCAGACCUGCCCAGCCCACGGAAGGAGUUUAGUGCCUCAGCCAUCGGCUGUAAGGUCUAUGUGACAGGGGGUCGGGGCUCCGAGAAUGGCGUCUCCAAGGAUGUGUGGGUUUAUGACACAGUCCACGAGGAGUGGUCCAAGGCAGCACCCAUGCUUAUUGCCCGCUUUGGCCAUGGCUCAGCCGAGCUGGAAAACUGCCUGUAUGUGGUUGGCGGGCACACAUCUCUGGCUGGCGUCUUCCCAGCCUCCCCGUCUGUGUCCCUGAAGCAAGUAGAGAAGUAUGACCCUACAGCCAAUAAGUGGACAAUGGUGGCCCCGCUGCGGGAUGGUGUCAGCAACGCUGCAGUGGUGAGUGCCAAGCUAAAGCUCUUUGUGUUUGGAGGCACCAGCAUUCAUCGGGACAUGGUGUCCAAAGUGCAGUGCUAUGACCCCGUGGAGAACCGGUGGAACAUCAAGGCUGAGUGCCCCCAGCCCUGGCGCUAUACAGCUGCAGCUGUCCUGGGCAGCCAGAUCUUCAUCAUGGGAGGUGACACCGAGUUUACAGCUGCCUCAGCCUACCGCUUCGACUGUGAGACCACCCAGUGGACACGCAUCGGGGACAUGACCGCCAAGCGCAUGUCCUGCCAUGCUCUAGCGUCAGGCAACAAGCUCUAUGUGGUGGGGGGCUACUUUGGGACCCAGCGGUGUAAGACCCUGGACUGCUAUGACCCCACAUCAGACACAUGGAACUGCAUUACCACUGUGCCCUACUCGCUUAUCCCCACAGCCUUCGUCAGCACCUGGAAGCACCUGCCUGCCUGAGGAGCAUCUGCAGAGUC